CUUUUUUGCUCACUUAUAAUUCUGGCACUUACGUUUCGCGUGAACCUCGUUAAAAAUUAAGCUUAAUAAAUUUAUCAUCAUCAGCAUUAUAUUAACAUACAUACAUGUACUUAGAUUAUUAACUCACAGUAGCCAAUGGAUCUGGUCAAGCAGAUGUGCAGGGUGUUUCAAAUAAUUUGAUUCACUUAAAAUAUCAACUCUUUAAUUGACAACAAUUGAAACAGAAAUGAACCCAUUAAGCACUAAAAGGGUACAGAUGACUGAAAGAGAUUACAUAAUACACGGUGGCUUCCCUGCAGAUAGCACUUCCGCUUAUGACGAAGAUGAUAUUUGUAUAGAUUGCGAUGGAACAGACGUCGAAAUACUUUUAUUCAUAUGCAACGAGGUCGUUGAUAUUCUUAGAAAGCGUUUUCUAUGCAUUUCUGUAAAUAUUUAUAGCUUAAUGUUACACGCCGAGCAUGAUCUAUGCUAUUAUUACACCUUACGUUCAAUUAUUUCAUUGUGGCAAUUCUAGUAACGUUUAAAUAAUCUUCGCUUGUGAAAUAUUAAUUUAUAAACGUCGCACAGCCUCUGCUGAGAAUUUUAAAAGUUCUGGAAGAUUAGCAAUUGAAUAUUUAUUGGUCCGUGGCGUCCUCAUUUCGAUCGUUUUCAUUCCUUUUAUCUGUUGAUAACGUUGAACGAAAAUGAUAACGUUUAUUUCUAUGGUAUAGCAUUUGGAUAACACAGAAAGGUGUUUUAAUUUUUUGAAAGUAUUGAAAGUAUUUUUUGAAAGUAAAAAUGGAAAAGCAUAGAUGUUCAGAAACAUGUAUUUUUGUUUAUUUAUUUUUCUGAGUCACUGUACGCAACAUGCAGCCGUGUGCAAUUAUUUUGCUAUGUACUUGACUGAAGAAACUAUGAUCUCCGUCAAGUAGCGUGGUUGCAACGCACACUGGUGGAAACGCUGAUAUCGCCGAUAAACCUACGUGACCAAAGAAAUAUUUUAUUUCAUAAAAGAACGAUAAACGCUUCUCGUGGCGUCACACUCGAGAAUGCACCAAGAAAUGCAGCUUUCAUGAGUUUUUAAUUAAUGAAGAUUGUAGUUACAAAGUUAAAAUAUUGCUCAAAAUAAUUGAAGACUUAUUGAUUCAUUAGAAACAGACCGAUAAUUGUUAAUAUUCUUUUGUUAUUAAUACAUCCAUUUACGUGUACAUAUAAAAGAGGUGACAGAAAAACUUGUAAAAGAGGAUACCAGUAGUCUAGACGACUUCGCUGAGAUUUUUUAAAAGAUAAGGUGACUUAAAGAAAAAAUCUUUUAUUCUUGAUGUUUCUAUAUCUUUCAUUAAUACAUAUUCUUUUGUAGGAAUUACAGAGAACUGUAAAACGGACUGUUUCUAAUGGAUCACCCUGUAGAUAGAGCGGAUCUUGCGAUUCCUCGAACGGCUGACGUGACUGGGAAUAUAAUGGUCAAUUCGAAACCUAGGAAUCUCAAUGAAUUUCGACGGUUGUCUGCGUACAUAAUGCAAAACGACAAUUUGCAGUCACUGUUGACGGUACAGGAAGCAAUGAACGUCGCUGCAGAGCUCAAACUUACCGCUAGUCCGCAACAAAAGAAACAAAAGAUCGAGCAGAUCUUGAUCACAAUGAGCCUGGACACGUGUCGUUACACGCGUACAGGACAACUCAGCGGUGGAGAAAGGAAGAGGCUUGCAAUUGCAUUAGAAUUAAUUAACUGCCCGCCAAUUUUGUUUCUCGACGAACCUACUAGCGGAUUAGAUAGCGUCACUUCAAAGUAUUGUAUAACAUUGCUAAAGCAAUUGGCAAAGUCAGGACAAACGGUGAUUUGCUCGAUUCACCAACCGAGCGCUUCUCUUUUGAACAUGGUUGAUCAUCUUUACGUGAUAGCUGAUGGAAGCUGCGUUUAUACCGGUAGCACGCAGAAUUUAGUACCUUAUUUGAGCGGCCUCGGUUUCCAGUGUCCGACGCACUACAAUCCAGCUGACUACCUGAUGGAGAUUUGUAAUGGAGAUUACGGUAGACACGUAUCAAAACUGAUAAACGCCAUCGAAAAUGGAAAGAACAAUGCUUGGAGGUCAACGAGCAAUGUAACCACGGCCAAUCAUCAGGAGGAAGUAAUCGCUUUAAACGUGAUGGCUUCCUUCCAAGCACUUCGGCAGCGAUCCGUGAUGGAAACGGAUUACGCCCCUAGACGCAGACCCACCUCAGAAUAUGCGACGAAUUUUUGGAAACAGUUAGCCGUCCUCCUCAAAAGAAAUGCCAUUAAACUAUCCCGGGAUAAGGUAUUAACAUUCACACGGCUCUCGAUGCAUUUUAUAAUCGCUCUGAUGGUCGGUACAAUUUAUUUCCGAAUCGGACAGGACGCUGUAUACGUGUUGGAUAAUUUCAAUCUUCUAUUUUUCAAUAUAAUGUUUCUAAUGUUUAGCGCGUUCAGUGCAACCGUAACAACAUUUCCCUUGGAAUUACCAAUCAUUAUGCGGGAACACUUCAAUCGCUGGUACAAAUUACACUCCUUUUAUUUGGCCAACAAAUUAGCCGACAUUCCAAUUCAAUUCGCUGCAAUUUCUUUAUACAUUCUCAUAGUCUAUUAUAUGAGCAAUCAGUUGUUCGAACUCAAACGAUUUUGUCUGUACACGGUAAUGUGUUGCGCUAUUAGCUUGGUUGCUCAAACGUUUGGAUUGUUGGUUGGAACUGGAAUGAAAGUCCAGCAUGGUAUGAUCUUUGGACCACUUACGAUUCUUCCAUUCUUGAUAUUUAGCGGAUUCUUUGUUCAACUUAGAGAUGCUCAUCCGUGGUUACGUUGGGUAUUCCACUUGUCGUUUCUUAAAUACGGUUUUGAGGGUGUAAUGAUUGCCAUUUAUGGUUACAACAGACCAAAACUUUCAUGUUCAGGCGUUUAUUGCCACUUUGCUAUACCAGAGAAGCUAUUAAGUGCCAUGGACAUGAAACAAGCUGAUUAUUGCUUUUCUUUGAUCGUAUUGGCUGGGUUGUACGUUAUCUUGGAUCUGUCAACGUUUACGUUGCUGAAAUUCAAAUUGGAAAAACGUGUGUAACGGAAAGAAAAACAAUACCAAUGUUAUGAGUGAGAUUUUAAUGAAUUAGGUUUUAUUAUAAACAAUUCAUGUUGUGUUCACUGUAAAUAGAACAAUAUAAGGAAAUUACCGUCAAAGACUGAUUUGCCUUUAAAAUGUUGCUGUAGAAAAAGGAAAAGGAAGUUUUAUAAAGACUAUUUGUUAAAACGAU